AAUACAAGUGAUAAGGGGGUGUCGAAAUUGAAGACCCCUGACGUCACAGGCCAUUUUAUUAUUGAUUUUUCAUAGAUAGGUUAUGUUGAGGGGGUGUUUUGAGCCCCCAACGCUCGUAAACGCGCAAAUGGGCGAGUUCCAAGACACCCCCAAGACAGAACAACCCCCAGUUUUUGAAAACGUUCAAAUUAAGACCGAAACCGAGCACAAUUCUAGUCCUGAGGGCGAGUCCGACGAGGAUUUCGAGCUGAAGCUCGUUAAAAGUGAAGAUUUCGAGCGCAACAACGAUGCACUGGAUAACGAAACCACACGGUAUAAGUGCAACAUCUGUUCGCUGGCUUUCAAAGUUUUGGCGGACUAUCGAACGCACCGGAAGCAACAUUUUGUGGAAAAAAGGACAUGUAAGGUGUGCCAUACAGUGUGCCAAAGCAUCAGUAAACUCGAGAUACAUAUGAACACGCAUUUGGGGCUCAAGCCGUACAAGUGCACAGUCUGCGCCAAAAAUUUCGUCUCAAGUAAUCAUCUAAAACUGCACGGGAGGUGCCAUUCGGAUGAGAAACGAUACUCUUGCCAGAAAUGCAGCAAGGCGUUUCGGUACUUGGGGUCCCUGAGGAGUCACAUGGUCACACACAACGACAUCAAGGAGUUUGAGUGUAAGCACUGUGGCGCCAACUCUCGCAACGUUGAAGCGCACCGUAAACACCUCCAAUCCCACGGCCAAAAAAUCGAAAUCAAGUGCGAGCUCUGCAACCGGAACUUUGCAACCGAACGCCUACUGCAAACCCACCUAAACUCGCACUCUGAGUUGCAAUACCUCAAGAACUUGAGCGAACAUGUGCGCCUCCAACACAAGGAGGACGGUAAUGUCCAUAAAUGUGACUUGUGCGAGAAAAUUUUUAUCAACGCAUCGCUGCUUCGCAACCAUAUCAAGACGCAUGAUAAGUGCUUUAAAUGCCCGUUUUGCGCUAAAUUGUUCAGUUCGAGGUAUAAUCUCGACACGCAUCUAGUGACACACACUGGGGAGAGGAACCACAAGUGCGACAUCUGUGGGAAUGUGUACUCGACGAAGACCAGCCUUAAGAACCACAAGGCGACUCAUAGUGAUGCCAGAAAUUUCAAGUGUGACCAAUGCCCCAAAUUAUUCAAAACUAAUCGGAGAUUAUACGUUCAUAAAUUUUCGCAUGCCACUGAAGAAAAGUUCGAGUGUGGGGUUUGUAAUGCGAGGUUUAAAGUCAAACAGUACUUGAAAUAUCACAUGAUCAAGCAUUCGAGCAAUAAGCCGUUCGAAUGCAAAGUCUGUCAAAAAAAAUUCAAGCACAAGAAGUCGUGGGAGAAACAUUCGAGUCACGACAAACACUUGCGAAACGUUAAAGAGGAGGCGCAAAAUUGUGGCGUUUGUGGGCACGUGUGUGUCACUAAAACCGACCUGCUGGAACAUAGUAGGCUAUGUCAUGAGCAUGGUAUUAAACAAGAGAGUUGUUAG